AUGUCCGAGCCCGAGCGUUACUACACUAUGUCCCAGUACAGGGAUGAGACUGCGCUCGCGUUCCUGUACCGCCUGAAUCUCGCCGCCGAGAGAGCCGACCUGAAUUUUAGGAAGUCCAGUGCAGAUCGAGAACGUCAUAUCAAGAGGUUCAUCAAGAAACUUUCAGAUGACCAGCUGAAGCGGACACUCGAAAGUCAGAGAUUCCGGAGGGUGUCCGACCUGGAGUUCGUGCUGAAGCAGCAGGAAGAAGUACGCCAGAAGGACGGGCCACCUGCUCGACAGUCUCGGGAUUUCAGAGCAGACAAUGUCGUCCGGGACCGUUACAAGCCUCGCCGCCAGGAUCGAGCCUACGUUGCCCAGGGUGACGAGGAUUCAGGAUACGACGAAGUGGAUGAGCGGGAGACUGGCGUCCGGAGUGCACCAGCAGUGAACAACCCGAGUACUUGA